UGUUCUAAAUACAAGUGUCCGGCGCCCGCGUCGCCCGGACAUAUUCGAGAAUCGAUUUUUGAUGUAGAUUUAUCGAUAAUCUGGGAAGGCCACAAUCGUGUUUGAGGUUAGAGGACCACUUGUGUGUUUUGUGUGUGAAAAUGUGUGAACUGUGCAAACAACGGUAGAUCGAAUACGGAUUGUUCUGUAUUGGAUUGAUAUGCAUUUCAAAAGGAAUGAAACAGUGACCAAGUUUGAAGUUUAAAUAAAUUAGAAGAAUUCCAAGAUGGCGGAAGCGGAAGGAGGUGCGAGCGAGCAAGAUGAUGUUUCAUUCUUGCGUACGGAAGACAUGGUGUGCCUGUCAUGCACGGCGACGGGUGAACGUGUUUGUCUCGCUGCGGAGGGCUUUGGCAACCGGCAUUGCUUUCUUGAGAACAUCGCCGACAAGAACAUACCACCGGACCUAUCGCAAUGUGUCUUCGUUAUUGAACAGGCGUUGUCAGUUCGAGCUCUACAAGAAUUGGUCACAGCCGCUGGUUCAGAAACUGGAAAAGAAAAUUUAUUAGGUAAAGGCACGGGCUCAGGACAUAGAACUUUGCUGUACGGUAACGCCAUUUUGCUGCGACAUCUCAACAGUGACAUGUACCUGGCCUGCCUGUCGACUUCAUCAUCUCAAGACAAGCUGGCUUUUGACGUGGGUCUGCAGGAGCACUCACAGGGCGAAGCUUGUUGGUGGACUUUACAUCCAGCUAGCAAACAGAGAUCUGAAGGUGAAAAAGUUCGUGUUGGUGACGACUUGAUUUUGGUCUCAGUCGCUACUGAGAGAUAUCUGCACACGACAAAAGAAAACGAAGUAUCAAUAGUGAACGCGUCAUUCCACGUGACGCACUGGUCAGUGCAGCCAUACGGCACUGGAAUAUCUCGUAUGAAGUACGUCGGAUAUGUGUUCGGAGGAGAUGUGCUGAGGUUCUUCCACGGCGGAGAUGAAUGUCUCACUAUACCUAGUACAUGGACUAAAGAGGGAGGACAAAAUAUCGUGGUAUACGAGGGUGGGUCAGUGAUGUCCCAAGCGCGGUCUCUCUGGCGAUUAGAACUGGCGCGUACCAAGUGGGCGGGUGGUUUUAUCAACUGGUACCACCCCAUGCGCAUCAGACACAUCACUACCGGCAGAUAUCUCGGUGUUAACGAUCAGAAUGAGUUGUAUUUGGUUAGCAGAGAGGAAGCUACUACAGCGUCUUGCGCUUUCUGUCUCCGUCAAGAGAAAGAUGAUCAAAAAGUGGUUCUGGAAGAUAAAGAUCUGGAAGUGAUCGGAGCUCCGAUCAUUAAAUACGGUGACUCAACUGUUAUUGUACAACAUUCGGAAACUGGAUUGUGGUUGUCUUAUAAGUCGUAUGAGACGAAAAAGAAAGGUCUAGGUAAAGUGGAAGAGAAGCAAGCGAUACUACACGAAGAAGGUAAAAUGGACGACGGUCUGGAUUUCUCCAGAUCCCAAGAAGAAGAAUCCAGAACAGCUCGUGUUAUUAGAAAAUGCUCCUCCUUGUUUACGAAGUUCAUCAAUGGCCUUGAAACUCUACAAGAAAAUCGACGUCAUUCAAUGUUCUUCGCUUCAGUCAAUCUUGGUGAAAUGGUGAUGUGUUUAGAAGACCUUAUCAAUUACUUUGCACAACCUGAUGAAGAUAUGGAACAUGAAGAGAAACAAAACAAGCUGCGUGCUUUACGUAACCGUCAAGAUUUGUUCCAAGAGGAAGGCAUAUUGAAUCUCAUUCUAGAAGCUAUAGACAAGAUUAAUGUCAUCACAUCGCAAGGAUUCUUAGCCGGUUUCCUCGCUGGUGAUGAGUCUGGACAGAGUUGGGAUAUGAUAUCUGGAUAUUUGUAUCAGCUGUUAGCUGCAAUAAUCAAAGGCAACCACACAAACUGCGCACAGUUCGCUAACUCCAAUCGCCUCAACUGGUUGUUCUCACGUCUCGGGUCACAAGCCUCGGGCGAAGGCACGGGUAUGCUGGACGUGUUACAUUGCGUGCUCAUCGACUCACCAGAAGCGCUCAAUAUGAUGCGGGACGAGCACAUAAAAGUGAUAAUAUCACUACUGGAGAAACACGGGCGUGACCCGAAGGUACUGGAUGUGUUGUGCUCACUCUGCGUGGGUAAUGGCGUGGCGGUGCGCUCCUCACAGAACAACAUCUGUGACUACCUGCUACCCGGCAAGAACCUGCUGCUGCAGACACAACUUGUCGACCAUGUCUCUAGUGUACGUCCAAACAUCUUCGUGGGUCGCGUGGAGGGGUCUGCGGUGUACCAGAAGUGGUACUUCGAGGUGACCAUGGACCACAUAGAGAAGACCACGCACAUGAUGCCACAUCUGCGUAUCGGAUGGGCCAACACUUCUGGUUACGUACCAUACCCUGGCGGUGGAGAGAAGUGGGGCGGUAACGGUGUGGGCGAUGACUUGUACUCCUUCGGCUUCGACGGCGCCCACCUCUGGGUGGGAGGCAGGAAGACCCCCGUCAACAGGACUCAUGCAGAAGAACCCUUCAUUAGGAAAGGUGAUGUGAUCGGAUGUGCUUUGGACCUGACAGUGCCCAUAAUAAACUUUAUGUUCAACGGCAUAAGGGUCACAGGAUCCUUCACUAAUUUCAACUUGGAGGGCAUGUUCUUCCCAGUUAUCAGCUGUUCUAGUAAACUGAGUUGUCGUUUCCUGCUGGGCGGCGAGCACGGUCGUUUACGUUACGCCGCUCCUGAGGGCUACUCUCCCUUAGUGGAGUCUCUGUUACCACAACAAAUACUCAACCUGGAGCCGUGCUUCUACUUCGGGAAUUUAGCGAAGCGAGCACUGGCCGGCCCGCCGCUUGUGCAAGAUGAUACUGCGUUUGUGCCCACACCUGUUGAUACUAUGCAGAUCACACUUCCAUCAUACAUCGAGCAAAUACGUGACAAACUUGCAGAAAAUAUACACGAAAUGUGGGCAAUGAAUAAGAUCGAGGCGGGCUGGAUGUACGGCGAGCAGCGAGAUGACCUGCACAAGGUACAUCCCUGUCUCGUGCCCUUCGAGCGCCUGCCGCCCGCUGAGAAGAGAUACGACAUACAACUUGCAGUUCAGACACUUAAGACUAUCUUGGCACUUGGAUAUUACAUCAGCUUGGACAAGCCGCCGGCGCGCAUUCGCAACGUGCGUCUUCCCAACGAACCCUUUAUGCAGUCGAACGGUUACAAGCCAGCACCACUGGACCUGAGUGCUGUCACCCUGACACCGAAGAUGGACGAGCUGGUGGACCAGCUGGCUGAGAACACACACAAUCUGUGGGCGCGCGAGCGCAUACAGCAGGCAUGGACUUACGGACUUAAUGAGGACCCCGACAUGCAUCGCUCGCCUCAUCUGGUGCCAUAUCCAAAAGUAGAUGAUGCCAUCAAGAAGGCGAACAGAGACACCGCAUCUGAAACAGUUCGCACACUACUCGUGUAUGGAUACAAUCUAGAUCCACCAACUGGAGAACAGCAUGAAGCACUUCUCGCGGAGGCAUCAAAACAGAAACAGGCAGACUUCCGGACAUACAGAGCCGAGAAGAACUACGCCGUUAGUUCCGGAAAAUGGUAUUUCGAAUUCGAAAUACUAACAGCGGGUCCAAUGAGGGUGGGCUGGGCCCACGCUGACAUGGCGCCCGGUAUGAUGCUCGGCCAAGAUGAAAACUCCUGGGCCUUUGAUGGAUACAAUUCGCUAAAAGUACACGGAGCCUCGAGUGACACUUUCGGUCAGCAGCUGAAAAUCGGUGACAUUGUCGGCUGCUUCUUAGACGUAUCCGAUCAGACUAUUAGUUUCUCUCUAAAUGGAGAGUUAUUAAUGGACGCUUUGGGAGGAGAAACUACAUUCGCGGAUGUGCAAGGUGACAACUUCGUACCUGCUUGUACCCUGGGGGUUGGGCAGAAAGCCAGAUUAACAUACGGCCAAGAUGUGAACACAUUGAAAUAUUUUACAACAUGCGGAUUGCAAGAGGGAUAUGAACCGUUUUGUGUCAAUAUGAAACGUGACGUAACACACUGGUAUACGAAGGAUCAGCCCAUUUUCGAGAAUACAGACGAAAUGUUGGACACAAAGAUUGAUGUAACGAGGAUACCAGCUGGUUCAGACACGCCUCCAUGUUUGAAAAUAUCUCACAACACUUUCGAGACUAUGGAAAAAGCGAAUUGGGAAUUUCUCCGAUUGUCACUACCUGUUAUAUGCCAAAUGGAAUUUAUCGAUGAGAACGAAAAAGCUCGUCGUUGGGUAGAGAUUAAGGAACGACAGCAGAUCUUAAUGAAAGAGGCGACGGAGGCUCAGAUGCCGGCACACAUCGACCAGAUCAUGAGGAGCGGGUUCACUAUGAACGAUAUUAAAGGUCUACACUACGAUGAGAAUCAAGAAGAAAUGCCUACAAGUUCCAAAGUGAAGCGACAACCUUCAAGACCUCCUAGAAAGGGAUCAAUAACACGAGGCGUCACUAUUCAGAAUUAUAAUUUGCAACCAGGACAAGCCAACGGCAUGCACCGGUCUACUAGUGAAGCUGAGAUGGCCAAAUAUGAACUCGGAGUAAACAAUGUUCAAGAUGACAAGAAAGAUAAAAGAGGACGGUCACCAUUCAAGUUCUUUAGAAGCAAACGAGGUGAGAGUGGAGAAAGAGCCAAAUCUCGCAAGUCCAAAACACCAGAUCCGUUCAGCGAUACUGAAGUGUCUCCAGACAGAGGCAGACGACCUAAUCCACAAAUUAGAAUAUCUCAGGCGAACCAAAGAUAUAAUGGCAUGCAAGGUAGACCUAGUCGACCCAAUUUAUAUGGAAGUCAAGGAGGCUUGAACACAAAUCUGCAAGUAGCGACCCCGCCUCAAGAACGGAAGCAGAUGACAACAACAACGCUCGCAGCAGCCGCUACAGAGACUGUUGGCAAUGAGAUAUUUGACUCCGACUGCUUGAAGCUCAUCAACGAAUACUUCUAUGGCGUUAGAAUUUUCCCGGGUCAAGAUCCCACUCAUGUGUACAUCGGUUGGGUGACCACACAGUACCAUCUUCAUUCUAAGGAUUUCAAUCAAAAUAAAGUGAUGAAGUCGUCUGUCAUCAUCACCGAUGAUUACGAUAGAGUCAUCGAAAGUGUAAAUCGUCAGUCGUGCUACAUGGUACGUGCAGACGAGCUGUACAACGAGGUGAUGGCUGAGGCUACUGGUAAAGGCGCGUCACAAGGCAUGUUCAUUGGCUGCUCUGUGGAUACCUCUACCGGGACUGUUGCCUUCACUUGUGAGGGAAAAGAAACUAGUAUUAAAUUCAAGAUGGAACCAGAAACCAAGCUGUUCCCGGCGAUAUUUGUGGAAGCAACAUCAAAGGAGAUCCUGCAGAUCGAGCUGGGCAGGUCCUCCAGCAGCCUGCCGCUGAGUGCGGCCGUGUUGCCCACCAGCGACAAGCACGUCAUACCGCAGUUCCCACCUCGCCUCAAGGUGCAGUGUCUCAAGCCACAUCAGUGGGCACGGGUACCAAAUCAAUCGUUACAAGUACACGCACUCAAACUCUCAGAUAUUCGCGGCUGGUCCAUGUUGUGUGAAGAUGCAGUUUCCAUGUUGGCAUUGCAUAUACCAGAGGAAGACAGAUGUAUUGACAUUCUGGAGCUAAUAGAAAUGGACAAACUGCUCAGUUUCCAUUCACACACGCUCACACUGUACGCUGCGUUGUGCUAUCAGAGCAAUUACAGGGCAGCACACGCGCUGUGUCAGCAUGUUGACCAGAAACAGCUUUUGUAUGCGAUACAAUCGCAGUACAUGUCAGGUCCAUUACGACAAGGAUUCUAUGAUCUGCUCAUAGCUUUACAUCUGGAAUCUCACGCUACUACAAUGGAGACUUGUAAGAACGAGUUUGUGAUACCUCUGGGUCCCGAGCUGAAGGCGCUGUACGAGGAGGCGGACAUGAGGCACAGUCUGCGCUCGCUGCAGACUGAGAGCGUGCGCCCUCAGAUGAACAUGACUGAUAUAUCUGAGAAGAUAACAGACAUCAGCAACCUGUAUUCACCAUACUUCCCACUGGAAGUUGUGCGCGAGUUUGUGAUGCAGGCGCUCGCUGACGCUGUCGAAACCAACCAAGUACACAACAGAGACCCCGUGGGGGGCAGCAACGAGAACCUCUUCCUUCCCCUUAUAAAGUUGGUGGAUAGACUGCUACUUGUAGGAAUGAUGCGUGACGAGGACGUGGAGAAGUUACUCAUCAUGAUCAACCCUGAGACCUGGGAUCCUACAUUUGAUAAAGAAGGCAAAGACGAGCACCGCAAGGGUCUGCUGCACAUGAAGAUGGCGGAGGGCGCCAAGCUGCAGAUGUGCUACUUGCUGCAGCAUCUCAACGACAUCCAGCUGCGACACCGCGUAGAGUCCACUAUCGCCUUCGCACAUGAUUUUGUAGGCGAUCUCCAAACUGACCAGCUCAGACGUUACACAGAGAUCAAACAGUCGGAUCUGCCGAGUGCGGUGGCGGCCAAAAAGACGAGGGAAUUCCGUUGCCCGCCCAGAGAGCAGAUGAACGCUAUUUUAAGUUUCAAACAUAUGGAAGAAGAGGACAAAGAGAACUGUCCAUGUGGUGAGGAUCUGAUCGCCAGGAUGAACGAGUUCCACGAGAGCCUCAUGGUUCAUAUAUCUCUCAACGCGCUGCAGGAACCUGAUUCUCAGGAAACGACGGAACCAGAAACUAAGCCUGGUGCGUUUGGAAAAUUGUACAAUAUUAUUAAUACAGUUAAAGAAUUGGAAGAUGAACCAAAGGCUAUCGAAGAACCACCGAAGAAAACUCCAGAAGAAAAGUUCCGUAAAGUGCUCAUACAAACAAUUGUCAAUUGGGCGGAGGAAUCGCAAAUAGAAACACCAAAAUUAGUUAGAGAAAUGUUUAGUCUGCUGGUCCGUCAGUACGACUCUAUAGGAGAACUGAUACGAGCGUUGGAGAAGACAUACGUCAUCAAUGCGAAGACCAAACUGGACGUAGCCGAGAUGUGGGUCGGUCUCAGUCAGAUCAGAGCACUGCUGCCUGUGCAGAUGAGCCAGGAAGAAGAGGAACUCAUGAGGAAGAGACUAUGGAAAUUGGUGAACAACCAUACAUUCUUCCAGCAUCCAGACUUAAUAAGAGUGCUGCGCGUGCACGAGAACGUGAUGGCAGUGAUGAUGAACACACUGGGGCGACGUGCGCAGGCGCAGUCUGACGCGCAGCCCGCCAACCCGCCCGCUGCAGAUGACACCAGCAAAGAGAAAGACACGUCACACGAAAUGGUGGUAGCGUGUUGUCGCUUCCUGUGCUACUUCUGCCGCACUGGCCGACAGAACCAGAAGGCGAUGUUCGACCAUUUCGACUUCCUGCUGGAGAACUCCAACAUCCUACUCUCCAGACCCUCACUCAGAGGAUCCACGCCGCUCGAUGUCGCUUACUCUAGUUUAAUGGAGAACACAGAACUUGCACUCGCGUUGAGGGAGCACUACUUGGAGAAGAUCGCGGUGUACCUCUCCCGCUGCGGGCUGCAGAGUAACUCAGAACUGGUGGAGAAAGGCUAUCCAGACUUGGGCUGGGACCCAGUCGAAGGUGAAAGAUAUCUCGACUUCUUGAGGUUCUGUGUAUGGGUAAAUGGAGAAAGCGUAGAAGAAAACGCAAAUCUGGUUAUCCGUCUACUUAUCAGAAGACCGGAAUGUUUGGGACCUGCGCUAAGAGGUGAAGGUGAAGGUUUACUGAAGGCAAUCGUUGACGCCAACAAGAUGAGUGAGAGGAUCGCUGAUAGAAGGAAAUUGAGGGACUUGGAGCAAGAGGGCGACAUCAACUUCAGUCAUCCACUGCCGGAGUCUGAUGAUGACGAGGACUACAUUGACACCGGCGCUGCCAUACUCAACUUCUACUGCACACUCGUAGACCUGCUGGGUCGCUGUGCGCCUGACGCUUCUGUCAUAGCUCUUGGUAAAAACGAAUCUCUUCGUGCGCGUGCGAUCUUAAGGUCUCUGGUACCGCUGGAAGAUCUGCAGGGUGUCCUCAGUCUUAGAUUUACAUUGAACAAUCCAGCGGCUGGAGAGGAACGACCCAAGUCAGACAUGCCCUCCGGUCUUAUCCCCGGACACAAGCAAAGCGUUGGUCUAUUCCUUGAGCGUGUCUACGGCAUCGAAACUCAGGAGUUGUUCUAUCGUCUUCUAGAAGAAGCUUUCUUACCUGACUUGAGAGCUGCUACCAUGUUAGAUAGAAAUGACGGCUGCGAGUCAGACAUGGCGCUGUCAAUGAACCGCUACAUCGGCAACAGCAUCCUGCCGCUGCUCAUCAAACACGCCAACUUCUACAACGAGGCGGAGAACUACGCCAGUCUGCUGGACGCCACGCUGCACACCGUCUACAGAUUAUCAAAGAACCGCAUGCUGACGAAAGGUCAACGCGAGGCGGUGUCAGACUUCCUGGUUGCGCUGACAUCCGCGAUGCAGCCCUCCAUGCUGCUCAAACUGCUUCGCAAACUGACCGUCGACGUCUCCCGGCUCUCUGAGUACACCACUGUCGCGCUUAGGUUGCUGACGCUGCAUUACGAGCGGUGCGCGAAGUACUACGGCAGCACUGGCGGGCAGGGAGUGUACGGCGCCUCCUCCGAUGAGGAGAAGCGGCUCACCAUGAUGCUCUUCUCCAACAUCUUCGACUCCCUCAGCAAGAUGGACUACGAGCCGGAGCUGUUCGGGAAAGCGCUGCCUUGUCUCAUCGCCAUUGGUUGUGCUCUACCACCUGAUUAUUCGCUGUCGAAGAAUUACGAUGAUGAAUUUUACGGGAAGGAAAAUCAAGCCACAGGAGCAGACAACCCGCAGUACGACCCGCAACCGAUCAAUACAUCUUCAGUAGCACUCAACAACGAUCUCAACACAAUCGUGCAGAAGUUCUCUGAACAUUACCAUGACGCGUGGGCAUCCAGGAAAAUCGAGAACGGUUGGGUGUACGGGGAAUCUUGGUCCGACAGUCAGAAAACGCACCCCCGUCUCAAGCCCUACAACAUGCUCAAUGACUACGAAAAAGAACGUUACAAAGAACCAGUGAGAGAAUCUCUGAAGGCGUUGUUGGCUAUUGGUUGGUCUGUGGAGCAUUCGGAAGUGGACAUUCCCAGCACCAACCGCAGCUCUAUGCGACGACAGUCGAAAUCGGGAGGCCGAGCGCCCGAUAUUAUUACGGAUUCGGCGACACCAUUCAACUACAACCCUCAACCAGUGGACAUGACCAACUUGACAUUGUCCCGAGAGAUGCAGAACAUGGCGGAGAGACUGGCUGAGAACGCACACGACAUCUGGGCUAAGAAGAAGAAAGAGGAGUUAGUUGUUAAUGGAGGUGGCAUCCAUCCUCAGUUAGUACCCUACGAUUUACUGACAGACAAAGAGAAGAAAAAAGAUCGAGAACGUUCUCAAGAGUUCCUCAAAUACCUACAAUACCAGGGCUACAAACUACAUAGACCAAGCAAAGCCACACAAAUUGACACAGAACAGACCACUACUGGUGUAGCAAUAGAGCUCAGAUUUGCGUACUCGUUACUCGAGAAACUUAUACAAUACAUCGACAGAGCUACCAUCAAUAUGAAGUUAUUGAAACCGUCUACAACCUUCAGUCGAAGACCAAGCUUCAAAACUAGCACUAGAGAUAUCAAAUUCUUCUCUAAGGUGGUAUUACCUUUAAUGGAGAAAUACUUCUCUACGCAUCGUAAUUACUUCAUAGCAGUGGCGACGGCAACUAAUAAUGUUGGCGCUGCCAGUCUUAAGGAGAAGGAGAUGGUCGCAGCGUUGUUUUGUAAACUGGCCAGUCUCUUGAGAUCACGUUUAGCGGCAUUUGGUCCGGAUGUGCGUAUCACGGUGCGUUGCCUACAGGUACUUGUCAAAGGCAUUGACGCUAAGUCCCUCGUCAAGAACUGCCCCGAGUUCAUCCGAACUUCAAUGCUCACAUUCUUUAAUAACGUGGCAGAUGAUCUUGGACAUACGAUACUGAAUUUACAAGAGGGUAAAUACGCGCACCUUCGCGGCACACACCUGAAGACGUCGACUUCUCUCGGCUAUAUUAACGGCGUGCUGCUGCCAGUCCUCACCGCCAUGUUCGACCACCUCGCCAACUGCGAGUACGGCGCUGAUCUACUGCUUGACGAGAUCCAAGUAGCAUCUUACAAGAUGCUGGGCUCUCUGUAUACACUGGGUACAGAUGCGAUGCUCACGCACGACAGGAAAUAUCUUAAGACUGAGAUAGAAAGGAACAAGCCUGCACUGGGAUCUUGUCUGGGUGCGUUCAGCUCUACGUUCCCGGUGGCGUUCCUGGAGCCGCACCUCAAUAAGCACAAUCAGUUCUCGCUACUCAAUCGUAUCGCUGAUCAUUCGUUGGAAGCUCAAGAUAUAAUGGCUAAGAUGGAACAAUCGAUGCCUACAUUAGAGACAAUACUGAAUGAAGUCGAUCAGUUUGUUGAGUCUGACAAAACUUACAAUGAGGCCCCGCACAUCAUCGAUGUUGUGUUACCACUCUUAUGCUCCUAUUUGCCAUUCUGGUGGGCGCAGGGACCUGAUAAUGUCACACCUACUGGCGGCAACCACGUAACAAUGGUAACUGCAGAACAUAUGAACCAACUUCUGAAGAACGUAUUGAAACUGAUAAAGAAGAACAUAGGCAAUGAGAGUGCGCCGUGGAUGACGCGCAUCGCAACAUACACACAACAAAUCAUCAUCAACAGCUCUGAGGAGUUGCUGCGAGACUCCUUCUUACCUCUGGCGGAAAGAGUGAGGAAACGAACCGACACCAUGUUCCAUAAGGAAGAGAGUUUGAGAGGAUUCAUAAAGUCUUCUACGGAUGAUACGUCACAAGUAGAGUCUCAGAUACAAGAAGACUGGCAGCUACUGGUGCGAGACAUUUACUCUUUCUAUCCCCUUCUCAUCAAGUACGUUGAUCUACAGAGAAAUCACUGGCUUAGAAACAACGUACCAGAGGCAGAAGAACUUUACAAUCACGUAGCAGAGAUAUUCAACAUCUGGUCAAAGAGUCAAUACUUCUUGAAGGAAGAACAGAACUUUAUAUCAGCGAAUGAAAUCGACAAUAUGGUGCUCAUAAUGCCUACAGCUACAAGGCGGGUUACCACCAUCGUGGAUGGAACACCUCAAGGUGGUGGAAAGAAGAAGAAGAAACACCGAGACAAGAAGCGCGACAAAGACAAGGAGGUGCAGGCGUCGCUGAUGGUGGCGUGCCUCAAGCGGCUGCUGCCCGUCGGCCUCAACCUCUUCGCGGGCAGGGAACAGGAGCUCGUGCAGCACUGCAAGGACAGGUUCCUCAAGAAAAUGUCAGAACAAGAUGUGGCGGAAUUCGCUAAAACUCAGUUAACUUUGCCGGAUAAAAUAGAUCCGGCUGACGAGAUGUCAUGGCAACAUUAUUUAUACAGCAAACUGGGCUCUAAAAGUAAGACCACUAUAACAGUAGAGACUGCGGAGAACAAAGCUAAGAUCAUAGACGAUACUGUGGAGCGGAUUGUGGCCAUGAGUAAAGUACUGUUCGGAUUACAUAUGAUCGACCAUCCCCAACAAAUGAGUAAGAACGUAUACCGUUCUGUUGUAUCUAUACAACGCAAGCGAGCAGUCAUAGCUUGCUUUAGACAAACAUCGCUACAUUCAUUGCCAAGACAUCGUGCUUGCAACAUAUUCGCAAGGACGUACUACGAGCUCUGGUUGGAAGAAGAAAACACCGGCCAAGAGGUCAUGAUUGAAGAUCUCACGCAAUCGUUCGAGGAGGCGGAACUGAAGAAGAGCGAUGUGGUAGAAGAGGAGGGCAAGCCGGACCCUCUCACACAGUUGGUGACCACCUUCUGUCGCGGCGCCAUGACAGAGCGCUCCGGCGCGCUGCAGGAGGACCCGCUAUACAUGUCGUACGCGCACAUAAUCGCCAAAUCAUGCGGCGAGGAGGAGGAGGAGGGUGGUGGUGAGGAGGAAGAGGCAGGAGGAGAAGCGGAGGGAGAGGAGGAAGGAGGAGCGAGUAUACAUGAGCAAGAGAUGGAGAAACAAAAGCUGUUGUUCCACCAAGCUCGUCUCGCUGACCGCGGAGUGGCUGAGAUGGUGUUGCUGCACAUAUCCGCCUCCAAGGGUGUGCCCAGCGACAUGGUCAUGAAGACAUUGCAGCUCGGCAUCUCUAUACUGAGGGGGGGUAAUAUUGAUAUACAAAUGGGUAUGUUAAACCAUCUGAAGGAUAAAAAAGACGUUGGGUUCUUCACGUCUAUCGCUGGUCUUAUGAACUCCUGCUCUGUACUGGAUCUGGACGCAUUCGAAAGAAAUACAAAAGCUGAAGGUCUGGGUGUGGGUCUCGAGGGCGCUGCGGGCGAGAAGAACAUGCACGACGCGGAAUUUACGUGCGCGCUCUUCCGCUUCAUACAACUCACCUGCGAGGGACAUAACCUGGAAUGGCAGAACUAUCUACGUACACAAGCUGGCAACACGACAACUGUGAAUGUGGUGAUCUGCACCGUCGACUAUCUGCUGCGUCUGCAGGAGUCCAUCAUGGACUUCUACUGGCACUACUCCAGCAAGGAACUAAUCGACCCCGCUGGAAAGGCGAACUUCUUCAAAGCUAUCGGCGUAGCAUCGCAAGUGUUCAACACUCUCACUGAGGUCAUACAGGGACCUUGCACACAGAACCAACAGGCGUUAGCGCAUUCUAGGUUGUGGGACGCGGUGGGAGGUUUCCUAUUCCUGUUCUCGCACAUGCAGGACAAGCUGUCGAAGCAUUCUUCACAAGUUGAUCUGCUGAAGGAACUCCUCAAUCUGCAGAAGGACAUGAUCACCAUGAUGCUGUCCAUGCUCGAAGGAAAUGUUGUGAAUGGUACAAUUGGUAAACAAAUGGUGGACACACUGGUAGAGUCCGCGUCCAAUGUAGAGCUGAUCCUGAAGUACUUCGAUAUGUUCCUGAAGAUGAAAGACCUGACAUCCAGCCCCAGUUUCCAGGAGAUAGACGCCAACAACGACGGCUGGGUGCUGCCCAAGGACUUCAAGGAGAAGAUGGAACAGCAGAAGAGUUACACGCCUGAGGAGAUAGAAUUCCUGUUGGCGUGUUGCGAGACAAAUCACGAUGGUAAACUGGACUACAUCGGCUUCUGCGACCGCUUCCACGAGCCCGCUAAAGAGAUCGGCUUCAAUCUCGCCGUACUCCUCACCAACCUCUCUGAGCACAUGCCCAAUGAGCCCAGAUUGGCUCGUUUCCUGGAGACGGCUGGCUCAGUACUGAAUUACUUUGAGCCAUUCUUAGGACGUAUCGAGAUCAUGGGCGGCUCAAAACGCAUCGAGCGCGUCUACUUCGAGAUCAAGGAGUCCAACAUCGAGCAGUGGGAGAAACCGCAGAUCAAGGAAUCGAAGCGUGCAUUCUUCUAUAGUAUAGUAACAGAAGGCGGUGACAAAGAGAAGUUGGAAGCUUUCGUCAACUUCUGUGAGGAUGCCAUCUUUGAGAUGACACACGCGUCAGGUCUCAUGGCAGCCUCGGAGGAGAGCUCCGGAGGGCCUAAGAACAGAGAAGCUGCCUACAUGUAUAUGGGAGAUGAUGAUGAUGAAAGAGCGGGUAAAGAUCCAUUCCGUCGUGGCUUCCAGUCCGUUAAAGAUGGCAUUUCUGCAGCAUUUUCAUCCUUAUCACCAUCUAAUAUAAAGGCGAAAAUUGCGGAUCUGCAGCAAAUGCCGCCCGCGGAACUAGCGCUUGGCUUCUUCAAGAUGUUCUUCUAUCUCUUUUAUUACUUGGGUUAUGGCGUCCUAGUUGUUGUCAGGUACAUAUUCGGAGUACUAUUGGGUCUAAUGCGAGGUCCACAAACUGAUGAACCGCCGCCUGAACCCACGGAGGAGGAAAAAAUUGGUCAGUUGAGGCACAGGUUUCUGAGUCAACAACAAAGUCCAUCUCGACAUUUGCCAGCGCUACCGCCGGCAGACGACACGGGACAGAUGCAAGUCUCCGCUUUCGGAUUAGACAUCACCAAAGAGGAUAACGGACAGAUCCAAGUGAAGCCGCACGAAUCACCUUCGACAUCAACACCAUCAUCUGGUGAAGAGGCGGAGGUGUCACCGGACGAGGGUACAGAGCAUACAGAAGAGCAACAACCACCUUCACUCAUUGACCUGCUGGGUGGUGAGCAAGCGAAGAAACAAGCACAAGAGCGUAUGGAGGCGCAAGCUGCGCAACAAGCCGCCAUGUCCGCCAUUGAGGCAGAGAGCAAAAAGGCGGUGCAAGGGCCGGCUCCCUCCGCACUGUCACAAGUAGACCUCUCUCAGUACACGCGGCGCGCCGUCUCCUUCCUCGCGCGCAACUUCUACAACCUGAAGUACGUCGCACUCGUGCUCGCCUUCUGUAUCAACUUCGUGCUCUUGUUUUACAAGGUGUCAACAUUGGAGGGUGAUGGUGUCGAGGGCUCCGGUCUGGGCGGCAUCAUGGCGGGUUCGGGCUCCGGCUCCGGCAGCGGAGACGGCAGCGGAGAGUCAGGUGAAGACGAUGACCCGCUGGAGGUGGUUCACAUUGACGAGGACUUCUUCUACAUGGAGCAUCUGCUGAAGGUGGCCGCUGUACUGCACUCUGUCGUCUCACUCGCCAUACUCAUCGGAUACUACCAUCUUAAGGUGCCUCUAGCCAUCUUCAAACGUGAGAAGGAGAUCGCCCGCAAGCUGGAGUUCGAUGGACUUUACAUCGCCGAGCAGCCUGAUGAUGACGACCUCAAGAGUCACUGGGACAAGCUCGUUAUAUCUGCUAAAUCGUUCCCAGUAAACUACUGGGAUAAGUUUGUGAAGAAGAAGGUGCGCGCCAAGUAUUCUGAGACGUAUGACUUCGACUCCAUCUCCAACAUGCUCGGCAUGGAGAAGACCUCCUUCUCCGCGCAAGAAGACGAGGGCAGCAAGGGAUUCCUGCACUAUAUAAUCAACAUCGACUGGCGCUACCAAGUGUGGAAGGCGGGCGUCACCAUCACCGACAACUCCUUCCUCUACUCUCUCUGGUACUUCAGCUUCUCCGUCAUGGGCAACUUCAACAACUUCUUCUUCGCGGCGCAUCUGCUGGAUGUCGCUGUCGGCUUUAAGACCUUGAGGACCAUCUUACAGUCUGUCACACAUAAUGGAAAACAGUUGGUGUUGACGGUGAUGCUGCUCACUAUAAUUGUGUACAUCUACACUGUGAUCGCUUUCAACUUCUUCCGCAAGUUCUACGUCCAGGAGGAGGACGAUGAGGUCAACAGGAACUGUCACGACAUGCUCACCUGCUUCGUGUUCAACCUGUACAAGGGAGUGCGCGCUGGCGGCGGCAUCGGCGACGAGCUGGAGCCACCCGACGGUGAUGAUGGCGAAGUCUACCGCAUCAUCUUUGACAUCUCCUUCUUCUUCUUCAUCAUCGUCAUCCUGCUCGCCAUUCUGCAGGGUCUGAUCAUCGACGCAUUCGGAGAGCUCCGUGACCAGCUGGAGUCUGUGAAGGAGGACAUGGAGUCCAACUGCUUCAUAUGCGGCAUCAACAAGGACUACUUUGAUAAGGUGCCGCACGGGUUUGACACACAUGUACAGCGCGAGCACAAUCUGGCCAAUUACAUGUUCUUCGUCAUGCAUCUCAUCAACAAGCCCGACACUGAGUACACUGGUCAAGAGACGUAUGUAUGGAACAUGUACACACAGAGAUGCUGGGACUUCUUCCCCGUCGGAGACUGCUUCAGGAAACAGUAUGAAGAUGUUAUGGGAGAGUAGAACAAAGUCAAGAUUUAAUAUAGAACAUAAACAGGCCUUUAGAAAUAUUGAUUCCACUAUCA